GUGUUUAUGUUAUUUGCAAAAUAACGUGAAAGUUGGUUGGAGAUUAUUAGAUACAGCUGAAAAAUAAAUUCAUUUUUGUUAACAGGCAACAAACUGCAGUCCCUGUGAGGCUAUACGCGUUGAGGAAAUGGCAGUUUCCGACCGUCCCUCUUUGAAGGCUACAGGUCCAUUAUUGCUUCAUCCAUUCCAAAGCGGAUAAAUGUUUUCACUGCCGAUGUGUAUUGAGCAUGCAGAUUCCAUUAAAAACCCUUUCAAGAAGACCUGAGGCCGCUCCACCGUCCCAGGUGUGAUACCUUCACACCUCCACCGGCCUGCAGACGUCUGAAGUUGCUGCACGGCCGCUGCAGUGCCAGCCGGCACUGAUGGUUGCCCCAUUCACACAUACAGGAAGCACCACCUUUGAUCGAGGGGGGAUUUAACCCCAGGCAGGGUGCAGGUCUCAAACACAGUCAGUCUAGCAAUACGUCGAGGAGCAUGUCUUCAGUUCAUGGGAAUAUGCACGUCGGGGAUCUGAAUCAUUUCCAGGUGUAUCAUGAAGGAGCUCUGCAGAUGAACGGCAUGGUGAACUCAGAUUUCGGGACGUCAGAUGUUACAAACUAUUUCAGCUCUGCAAACUCUGUCCCAAGGGCGGAUAAAUGCGUGGCAAUACUGACUCACAGGAGGAAGAGGACCAACUUCACCCAGCAGCAGAUUGAGGUGCUGGAGAAAGUUUACACAGACACUAAAUACCCUGACAUCUACUUACGGGAGAGACUCGAGGCUUUGACCGGACUACCUGAGUCCAGAAUUCAGGUGUGGUUUCAGAACAGGAGGGCAAAGUCUCGUCGCCAAGUUGGCUCAUCAGUGUCCUCGAAGGUCGCCAACCCACCAGCAGCUGGCCCGUUCAGCCAGCUCCAGAGCAGGAUGGGCCCAGAGAAAGUUUAUGGCAACAAUCAUGGAGCUGAGGCACACAGAAUAGGAGGCUUUGGCCUGGAGGACAGUUUCAGGGCUACGAUGCACCAAAACACGGAUGAUGCUCACAGAACCAGCAUACCCACCAAGCCCGCCGGUUACGAGCACACGGCCUGCAUCUACGACAAGGAGGGAACCAGAGUGAAGCCCGAGCAGAUGCAACGACACGAGCUGAGCGUCAAUGUCCCAUGCUGUAACGUCCAUCUGUAUCCAAAGGGGAACGAAUAUCACUCCAAGAUCGAAGCAAACAUGACUGGAAAUCAGGGUCCAAAGGUUCUGGUGGAAUAUGACAACUUCCCACCUAACAAGACUAUUGGACCAGAGAUGAAAGUUGUGAUUCCUCCCAUCCCGGCCCAGAUUAACUUCAGCAGGUCAUCACCAAAGGAUAACGGAGGCCAAAUCCAGUAUCCGCGCCUGAGGGCCAAGGGGGACGGGUUCAGUCACUUCUCCCCGAUCCACGCCACUGAGGCACAGGACUUUACCGACUCAGACUCUGACUGGGAAAACGAGGCCAUGGUUGGCUUCGGUGGUUUCAUGUGAGAGAACAAUUGAGAGCUGAUAUAAAAAAAGCUACAUGUAUCAUAAGAGGCAAUAUACAGUUGUUUGUUUGCAUAAAAGGAAAAAUUGUAUUUAUUGUAAAAUAGUAAUAAAACUGUU